AUGCGAUCUAAGGCAAAGGCAAGAAAGAUUACAAAUGAUGAAGCUGUUGAUGAGCAUAGUUUUGGACAAGCUCCAAGUAUUGCUGCCCCUAUAGAUGAUGUCAUGGAUGAUCACCAUGGCAGCGAUGACAGCAUAGAUACUCACCAUGACAACACUAACAAUACUGCUGAAAAUAACAAUGAUGCAACCAAGACAAUCACAACUGAACAUCCACCAGUAUACAUUCCAGAAGACAUUCCAAUCCCAGAUCAAUUUGAACUCAGGGAAUCAACUGUGAUAUUUUCAUUAGGUGUUUGGACCAAAUUCCCCAUUUCUGCUGGUCAGAAAUUCGGUCCGUUCCAAGGCCAAUUCAAGGCGAAGGUGGACGACCCUUCAGCUGCCUGGGAGUGUGGUUACCAGUGGCAUCUUGUAUCUGUCUUGGUGUCUAAAGACAAUGAUGCCCUAGGCUAG